AAUCAUGUUUAUUUUGGAUAAAAUUUUGCCAUACAUCUUUGUGUAUAUCCGUCCAUUUAUAAAAUGGUUCCUACACACCUUCACACGUCUAAGUGAAUUGCAAAGGAUAUGUUAUGGUGCCCGUUCGGGGGCUAGUCGUACCCGACAAGUUGAACGUUCUUUGUACUUGUCAAAGAAACCUGAAAUCCGUCAUUUGCUAAGGGAAUUAGAUGAAGCUGCUGAAUAUUGCAGCCAGGAGGAACUGAUGCAAUUCCCUAUUAAGGCUGUGGCCGUUGUUCAGCGAGUGAAACGUAUUAAGCCGAGAAUACAUCCAGAUUUUGCUGGCCUAUUUGGUAGUUGUGUCCUGCACAUAUGGAGCUAUAAACACUUGAUGCAUGAAGUCGAAAGGCUAAGAGCGGAAAUGUAUGAUUCUGAUAAUUUGGAACAUGAACAAAAACUAUUGGAAUUAUGGAAACGUUUAAUGCCCGAUGAAGAGCUAACCGGACGCAUUACAAAACAGUGGCAGGAUAUUGGAUUUCAGGGUGAUGAUCCAAAAACCGAUUUCCGUGGCAUGGGUAUGUUGGGUCUGGAAAAUCUUCUCUUCUUUGCCCGUGAAUAUAAAGAAGCUGCCCAUCAUGUACUGCUGCAUUCACGACAUCCCAAAUUGGGUUAUACAUUUGCCAUUGUUGGCAUUAAUCUAACUGCCAUGGCAUAUCGCCUUCUCAAGAACGGUGAUGCUAAAACACAUUUCUAUAAUUUGGCACAGGCCAUUAAACAGCCAUGUUCGUUAAGGCAUUUCCAUAAGCUAUAUUGUUAUUUACUCUUUGAAUUUGAUCGUUUUUGGUUGGAAUCGGAACCGACAAAUAUUAUGGAUUUCCGUGAAAUCUAUCAAAAUUUUGAAAUAACAAUUAUUGAAGCAUUGCAGCGAGAUACGACAAUUUUUAAGACCAAUUUAGUUGUUGAAAAUGUUUAGAAAA